UUUCAACCACCUUUUCGCAGUAACAAGGCUUUGGAUCACCCGUUAUUUGCAAAAUUCUUACCAACAGCGAAUUCGAACAGCUGUUUGCAAAGUGUCAAAGCAAGUGUCAGUUUUUGUAAUCGACAACGAGUCUUAUGCAAUGUCAAGCAACUAGUUUAUUUUAUAGUUUGCUGUGAAAGGAGUAGACGGUGAAGCAGAGAUCACCACGUUCCCAUUAGUACGAUUAUCAGAAGCAUUUAACGCCAAAUUGCGCGUGUUAACUUCGUUGAGCAAUCAGUAAAAGAUGUUCCGAAAAGUCAUAUUUACUACACCAGCUACUGCUGUGCUUUUAGCAGCUGUGCCUGUGAAGCAAUCGGAAGUGAAAGCAGGUGAAAAUGUGGAGGCAAAUACAAAAUUCACGUGUAAGCCAAGUGAAUUGCCACUGUAUCAAUCCUUGCACGAAUUAUACAGUACUAAAAAGGAAUCGCAUCCGCCAAAAGACUCGCAGGCACGCCAAACUAUUGAAAGUGGAGUACGCGUUGUCCGCACGGAAGUUCAAGCCGGUCUCAAUGUGCUUGCUGAGCAAAAGGCAAAUUUCGACAACUAUUACGAAACGGCCAAAGCGCAUACCCAAUCCACUAUCGAUUACUUAAAUGAACCGCAAAAUGUAUUGCCACGUAGCGGUGCAAUCGCUGUCGGUGGUUUGUCCGGUUUCAUUUUCGCUGCGCGUGGUGGUUUCAUUAAGAAAGUGCUGUACACCACCAUUGGUGCUGGCACAGUGGCCUCACUUUGCUACCCACGACAGGCGGAGGUAUUUGCACGCGAUGCGCUGGUACAAGCACGCAAAGGUUAUGCUAUUGCAUAUAACUUCAUAAAAGGUGUAAAACCAGGUGAGGAAGGUACGCCCGAACCGGUCAGUAAAUUCCCAACCAGCGUGGAAGACUUGAAAUAUCUAGCCUUAGACCUUUACGACGAAGCGAAAGAGGCAAUAUUUGGCAAGAAGCAAUAAGCAAAACAAUUAGUGAAUAUAAUAGUAAAGAAAGUCAACUAACGAAAGGAGAGCUUAAGGACGUAAUCGCAUUAAAUUUAUAGUGAAUUAUGAAGAGUGAAAAACGGUGUAUCUACAAUUGCUAAUAAUGUACUAUAAGACAGUGCGAAAGCAGCCGACGAACUUGUAAAAUGUUAAUAUUCGAAAAUAAAUGAACUCUAUGCAACUGGAGUUUUGGCAACUUUACAAAAUAAUUGUAACACAAUUCUGCAAUAAGUAGCUUCUUUUUGUCGAAAUAAAACGAGUUAAUAGCAAUUUUUAAAUAAUGUAAUGAUUCAAAUGGCAUACGCAUUAUACUCUUAACAGACAUAAAAUAAACCAAAAGCGAAAGAUGAGUAAAGUA